AUGAAUUUCUGCAUCUGUGAAGGUAACAUUCCUGAUCUGAUCCUAAAACUGCCUCAUAAAUUGAAAAAUAUUAAUUUCCGCAAAGGUAGACAAUCAUUUUGUCCAUAUGGACUCACAUAUGAGUGCAUCAAAAAUGACCUUUCUAAGUCACAAAUCAAGGGGCGCUCAAUAAUUGACGUCUCGUAUUUCAAAAUUUCAGGAGCAACAACAAUGACCUCUCUAAUUUUAAAUAUACAAAAAUGGGAGAGUAUCAUAAAUGACAUCUCUAAUUUACAAAAACUUGAGUAUAUCAUAAAUUACGUCUCAAAUUUGAACGCCGGUAAGCGGAAAUCCGCUUUCGACGAACUACAAAAGAAAUGUGAAAAUAAACUAGUUGAUAUACUUUUGCUUCAAGAACCAGCAUUGCACAAAGGCAAAACCCUUUUUCUUUUAAAUCUAAGUAGAAAUGAUUUAAGAGUUAUGAUGGGUGUCUUAACAGGACACUGCUGUCUAUACAAACAUUUGAAUUCAAUGCAAAGGACGCAACUUAUUAACUGUAGAUAUUGCAAAGGCAUGACAGAAGAAACUAUGCAACAUGUUGUAGCAUCUUGCGAUGCACACUCUAGAGUAAGGCUAAGAGUCUUCAACCACACUGUCAUCAAUGCCGAGGAGCUCGCGGAGGUGGAACCGGAGGAUCUUCUCCUCUUCAUGAGGAGAACGGGUGUCCGUGAUCAGCAAAAUGAGCAAAAACCUUAUGUUUUGAUAAUCAUUGAUGAGUCCAUUGUUGGUUUAGAUGUUUCUUCUAUUUACAAUCAUAAAGCAGAUGAAUACUUCUAUCAUCAUACACCUGGCUUGCUCACCGGCUCAACUCAGCUCACCUUUUUUUCCGGCUCACCGGCUCAACUCAGCUCACCUUUUUUUUCGGCUCACCCGGCUCACCUGUCUGGAUAUUUGUCGGCAGUGAGCCUGGCUCACCUGGAUAUUUCUGCUAGUUGUCACUUUCCCCGGGGUUUUCCCCAAGGGGAUUCCCGGGGGAACUUUUUUCGAAUCCCUAUUACUCAUGUCAUUAUUGAUCAAUCAUUAAUCAAAAUGCCACAGGAAAAUUUUUAA